AAAGAAAGGUCACUCAGGAAAGAGAAACAGUUAUAACACCCCACCGCUGGUAUAAUGCAUAAUGAUAACGCGUCUUUGAACGUGCAUGAUCGAAACAUCAGUAUAAUCUUGAUACUUUAUUAGCGAUUGCAAAAAUCAAUGGAGAGUUACCAAGAACAGUAACUGCAUUUCAAAAUAACUUUAUCUUUUACAAUUAUACAUAGCCAAGAAUAAUAUGGAACCUGGAAUACACCCCCAGGAUGCUAUAAGAUGUGAUCUCUGUAGGGAACACACAGUACAGAUGUACUGUUCUCCAUGUCUCACAAACCUCUGUAAAAAGUGUGUCGGGGAACAUUUAUCUAACAACUUACAAAAACAUGAUAUAGUGGACUUUUAUUUGAGAAAAUCAAAAUUCAAUUUCCCGCGGUGUGACAUUCACCGGAAGGAGCAGUGUGAGAUGUACUGUGUAGACUGCAACACUCCUGUUUGUCCACACUGUGUCACAUCAAUUACACACGAGAGACAUUGUUUCAGAUGUAUACAAGAUAUGCUCAACUCAAAGAAAGAAUUUCUGGAAAAAGAAGAGAGCAGAAUUAGGAAUAGUAUUUAUCCAAAGUAUGCAGAUGCUUCAGUUGAUAUAAAAACCCAUUUAAAUGGCCUAAAUGAGGAAUAUGGAAAACUUACAUGCGCUGUAAACAAACAAGGAGAAGAAUGGCACAGAGAAAUUGAUGUGGUCGUUAAAGCAUUGAAAGAUGAAAUUAAUCAGGUGAAACAAAGACACUCAGAUAUUAUGCUAAGGAAUUUAAACUUUAUCAAAAAAUUGACAUCAGGCAUUGAAAUUACUCUAUCUCAAAUCAAGGAAAUUCUGAAAUCAAACGAUGUAUUGAAAUGUUUGUCUUUUGAAAUAUGCACUGAGGACUUCCAAAAAGAUCCACCCUGGGCUGAUGUUAAGCUACCGGCGUUUGUUCCACACAGUUCUCCAAGACAGCUCUCCAAAUUGUUUGGUUCUCUAACACCAAUCUCCAUAACAACACAAGGUUACAGUAAGAUGAUACCGGAUUCUGCACCCUCUUCGCCACUGAAACAGCUGCUUGAUGAACCAGCUCUUAUAACCAGCAUUUAUACUGGAUACAUAUCGCUGAAUAAUGUUACCUGUUUGAAUGAUGAAGAAAUCUGGAUAGGUAACUUGACCAGUGAAAUAAAAUGCUUUAAUGUUAGUGGCUCAUUGCUGAACAGCAUUUCCACAAAAUCAGGAAAAAGUGCCAUGGAUCUUGCAUUAACGAAUACAAAUGAUCUUCUCUAUACUGACACAAAUACAGGAACUGUUAAUAUUGUGAGGAAUGGCCAAACAGAGGAGUUAAUCCAAUUGCAGGAUUGGGUUCCUCAAAAUCUCUGUGUUACUUUCCAUGGCGACAUCUUGGUUACCAUGUACAAUGUUGAUAUAACACAAUGCAAACUUGUCCGUUACUCUGGUUCCACAAUGAAACAAACGAUUCAAUUUGAUGACGAGGGGAAACCUCUCUAUUCCGUGAACAAUAUAGUUAAACACGUUAGUGAGAACAGAAAUCUGGAUAUCUGCGUCGCUGAUUGCGGUGCUGGGGCAGUAGUGGUGGUCAGUCAGUCAGGGAAAUUGAGAUACAGAUACACAAGUCAGACAUCUGUUGCCAAAAAGAAUCCUUUCAAACCUCAUGGGAUCACCACAGACAGCCAGGGUCAGAUCCUGACAGCAGACAGUGAUAACCAUUGUAUCCAUAUAUUAGACCAGUAUGGCCAGUUCCUUCGUUCUAUAGAUAACUGUGAUUUAUGUCAUCCAUAUGGUAUAUGUGUUGACAAAGAUGACAGUCUAUAUGUAGCUCAAUUUACAAGUGGGAAAAUUAAGAAAAUUGAGUAUAUGAAGUAGUUUCAAUGAAACAUGAACCAUACGAAU